AGACGCUCCAAUAGAAGCAAUUACUGUCAAUCAACAAUGCCUGGGGAGGGGGGCAAUUAUUAAAUCCAGUCAAUAAUCAUACGUCCAAUACCGAUGGAAAUAGUCAUAGCAAGAGUAAAGGAAACCCGUUUGAGAUUAUUACCGGACAGCAGCACAUCAGAAAAGUCACAAACAUCAUAAAUAUCUCUCUCUAUAAACUGCCCAAAGAAUAAUUGGUGCGGAAUCGUUAGAUCGAAAACUCUCAGUUGCAAUGUUAGCAACCGGUUUUACUAGUUUUUAUCGUAGUAGAUAUUGCAACUACUGCAAGAACACAAAACAAAUAAAUAUUGUAAUCAUCUGGAAUUUCAUUCAUUCAGUGGCUUAAAGCAGCUUGAAUUAGAAUGAUCAGAGUCAGUACGUGCCUGUUGGUGUUCGUAUUGUUUGUUUUUUAUAUCCAUCGAAAUCAUGCGGCCACCAAGGUUCUCUACGAAUUUCAUAUCAAGGAGGUUUUCGGAGAGCGAGAUGAGAAAGGCGAGCUCAAGGAUAAAUCCGAGAGCUCUGGCGAGAAACCCGAACUGAUCAUCACAGGCAAACACACAUCCUCAUACGUUCUAACCGGCCAAGAGAAUAACUAUGUUUAUGUUGAAACGGCCACCUAUGUGGCUGAUGACAGUGGCUACCAUGUCAAGUACAAUAUUUCCUUGGGCCCCGUGGAGAUUGACAGACGUCUCAACGGACAAACACUUAAGUCCACCAUUGGCUAGCCACCAGCACAUCAAGUAUUAACUUAGUAACUAAGUUAGUUGUAAAAAUGACUACUUUAUUUAUUCAAAACUGCAAAUACAGAUGGAAAGUGACAAGUUCUCCUAGCGCCAUUGCAAAUAAUAAACGGAACUUUGAAAGCAAGUUUGUGGCAAAACAGUUAAUGGAUUCCAGCCAAAUGACAGUGCAGUAAGUUACGGCUCUUUGUUUUUUGGCUUUGUCCCAAAAGUGCCACUUAGCCAGUAUAAUUUACGAGUACGGAAAAUA